AAUUAUCCCUCAUCUUAUAAAUCUUCACAAUAAUAAACGCAACGGCCAUAAGUGUGUCGGCUUUUUGGAAAUUAACAUCGUAUUUUUGUUAAUAAGAUUAUCGCUUGGAACAAAGAAAGAUGAAUAUUGCACUAGGACUUUGCUUGUUUGUAUUGACUGUUGCAGUUCAGCAGGUGUCAGCUUUGGAGUGCUACAGUUGUCUCACUGGUUGCGACGACCCAUUCAGUGCCAAUGGUGUGUCAAAAACUGAUUGUAGCGGGUCAUGUAUGAAAACGGAAAAAGAUGGAAAAGCAAUGAGAAACUGCCUUCCUGGUGUGAAGAAGAACGGCUGUGAAGAAGCAGCUGGUGGGAACGUCUGUCUCUGCACAGGAGAACUUUGUAAUGGAGCAUCAGAGCGAUACCUGUCUCGUGUCAGCAUUGUUGUAACCAUUGUGUGUGUCUGUAUGAGUGUCUUUAAACAUAUCUUCUAAAAACAUAAACUCUCCAACAAUAAACAAAUCAGUACAGAUCUGUCUACAACGUGAUCAUUGUGGCCGAUUGUCGUGUAUAUGUGAAUUUAAAAUAAAGAUUUAACGAACAUUUACCAUUAAAAUGAUAUCUUAUUAUUCUAAAGUGUAUGCCGCUAUGAUUUGUUAAAUGCUUUCAAACUUAAUAUUAUUUAAUGUCAAGCAUAUUCUAUGUUCUGUUUUGAAACAUGUUUAUAACUUAUUAUUGUUUUGUGUAACAUAACAUCUCAAAGAAAUUUAUUUUAUUUUUCUUUAAAACUGAAGCAUUUUAUGUGAAUAAUGCAUCAUACCAAAAACAAAUAACCAUAUUUCGGUAAUCUCACUUCAAUUUAAACAGACAUAACAUUACCGUACAUGUAAAAAAGGCUUGCCACAACAUUUUCAAAGGACAGCUGUCAGUUACACAAAAGGAAUUUGUAUUUGAUUCACGCAUCGAAAGUUGUUUUGUUAAGUUAAUAUAUUACUUACAACAUUGUUUUUACCAUUUGUAUAGUCUUGCUACAAGCAUACUUGACAUUCUUAUCGCUUUAUACAGGCAUACACAUCUUUCACAUUAUGCUGUGCUUUAUCACCUAUCAAUAUAAUGAAAGACUGAGUGUUUGAAAUAAAUAAAUCUUUCCAAAUUU